GGGGGUACUCCCAUUGUCCAAGCAAGCCUCUGUUGGAUCGAUUGGAACUGCGCUCUCGAAUGGAGACAGCAACAAUCGAGGAUUCCUUGGGAACUAAACAGCAACUACACAAGAAAGUCCUGAUUCUUGGUGCUGGUCUCUCUGGGAUAGUUGCUGGAAAAACAUUGAUGGACAAUGGUGUCGAUGACUUUCUGAUCCUCGAAGGACAGGACUACAUUGGAGGCAGGAUUAAACAGAAUUCAUUUGCUGGGUUCAAGAUAGAAGAAGGAGCCAAUUGGAUUCAGUUCGCUGACGACCAAGAAUCGCAACCUAUAUGGGAACUAAAGGAAAAGACAGAUCUGAAAGGAGUAUGGACGAAAUAUACGAACUCGGACUUGGUUAUAAGAAACGAAACAGGGUCAGACAUUACAGAAACAGCAGACUUCAACAGCUGGGACAACGUAAAAAGCAAAUUCAAGUUUUUGCAAGAAGGAAGUAGAGAAAAUGUAAGAGCCGACAUUUCCGUGCGCAAAGGACUGUCUAUGCUUGGCUGGGAGCCCACAAACACCGCACAAGAAGCUCUAGAAUUUUUAUUCACGAAUUAUGACUUCGGAGUCGCACCAGAGGAAAUCUCGUUCAGCCAGUUUUUUGUCCCGGAAAAGGAGUAUUUCGUUACAGACCCUAGAGGAAUGAUGACUCUUUUUGAAAAAUUCUACAAGAAGUUUGAAGAAAAAUUAAUGUUGAAUAAGAAAAUAACACAUAUCAAGUAUAACUCCAAGUGCGUUGAGGUAAUCACCUCAGACGGAGAGGUCUUCACAGCAGACUACGCUAUUUGUACAUUCAGUACAGGAGUUCUCGCCAGUGACAUGGUCAUGUUCAAUCCUCCAUUACCAGAAUGGAAACGAGAAGCCAUCUUGAAAAUGCCCAUGUCUGUCUACACCAAGAUUUUCCUCAAGUUCCCUUAUAAAUUUUGGGACGAUAAAGAGUAUAUCUUGUUGGCCAGCAACAAGAAAGGAUUUUUUCCUGUGUUCCAGGAUCUUGAAAAACCAGGGAAGUUCCCAGAAGGCAGUGGAAUGCUGUUGAUUACAGUUGCAGAAGACGAAGGACGAAGAAUCGAGAAACAAUCUUUCGAGAAAACCAAAGCAGAGAUUGUCGAGAUGUUGAGGGGAGUUUAUGGACMGGACGUACCAGAACCGACAGGUCAGGAUUAUGGGAAGGAUUUUAAAAGUGCGCUUUGCUUCAUGGGGAGGAUUUUCCAAGCGCUAUUUGCUUUAUGAGUAGUAUUUCACAUGCGCGAUUUUCUUCAUGGGAAGGAUUUAACAAGCGCGAUUUGUGUCAUAGGACGAAUUUGGUAAGCGCGCUUUGCUUCACGGGGAGGUUUUAUUAAGGUGACUGCCUACUUUUGGAAAUUGAUUUAAGCUUUUUUUAAAACUUCGA